AUGGCGAGUGUUGGGAGUCGGCGGAAGAAUCCGUUGAAUUUGAGCUUACCGGCAACAGUCAAAGAGAACGGUGACUCGAAAUCGGAUGAGCACAGCAAAGGGAGUAGCUGUUUCUCGCUGGAAGACCAAAUUAAACAGAUGACCCUCACUGAACCACAGAAGCUGCGAAUGCAGGAGUGGAUCAAGGAGAAGAAACUUUGUGGUGGUGGUGACUUGUAA